AUGUCUUCGUCCGAUCCAAACUCGACAUACUUUCAACCAAACUACGAAAACUGCGCCGAUGGCGUCUCGGAACGAUGUCCCGUCGAAGCCUCCCUCUACGGCGAUUACUUCAAUCUCGGCGCUUGUAUCUUUUUCGUCGUAGCCCACGCGCUGGCUUUGAUCCCACAGAUAUACUUUGGUAUUCGAGCGCGAACAUGGUCGUACAUGAUAUGGCUGGCCAUCGGAACAAUCUUUGAACUGGUCGGUUACUGCGGUCGCGUCGUCAUGAGUUCGAACCCCUGGGUCUACAACGCUUUCGUCAUUCAGCUCGUUCUUCUCAUUCUCGGUCCGACACUAGUGGCCGCUGCGAUUUCCAUUACGUUCAAGCACCUCGUCCUCUGGUACGGUCGCGAAUACAGCUUCAUCAAGCCAGUUCUUUAUCCCUGGGUUUUCGUCGGUACCGAUCUUUUCUCAAUCGUCAUCCAAGCUGCGGGCGGUGGUAUCUCUUCGGCCGCGACGAACGGAGAGAAUGCGGACCAGAAUCUGCUUGAUGUUGGAUCUGCCAUGCUCGUCGCUGGUGUAGUCUUUCAAAUGGCCAACAUGAUCUUUUGCGGCGGCUUGAUGCUUGUCUACAUCUGGAGAAGACACAAGGCUAUCAAGAACGGCGCUGCUGUGCGAGCCGGCGAGGAGCAUGGAGUAGGAGCAGAUGUCAAGGUUAUUAGAGCGAGUGACAAGAAGACUAAAAUGUUUGUCUUUGCUCUGACGGCUGCAUAUGUUGCUAUUAUCAUCCGUUGCAUUUAUCGUAUUCCAGAAAUGCAAAUGGGCUGGGGCAGCACCCUCAUGCAAAACGAAACCACAUUCCUCAUCCUCGACGGAACCAUGAUUCUCAUCUCUGUGUGGACUCUGACCAUAUUCCACCCUUACUUCUUCUUCCCCUUUCUCGGAAAGAAGGGAAAGGCUGCUAUAGCAGAGGCUGAAAAGUCUUCCCAACCUGAGGGGACCCAGUCUGGACCUGUCAUGGGCAGCGCAUAG